ACAGCAACUUCGAGCGUUCCUUGACAACACCAAGCCCUGACGUGCACGUUCCUUGACUUUGCGCGGCGCCGCGGCGGGCACGAGAGUCGCGUACGUGCGCGCCUGCGGGCGGCUCUCAGCCAAUCAUAGGGGCCGGGCGUCUAAUUGAUAUUGAGCACUGUACCUCGCACACCGUGUGAUUGCGCAUCAAUGACUCGCUCGGUCUCCACCCUCAGCUCCGUCGCCGUCGCAUAGAAUGGGUGAGAUUAGAACAACCAAUGCCUAUUCAGACAUAGCCAGCGCACAGCAGUUGUUUUCAGAGUGUAUAAAGAGCAGGCGGAGGGAUGGCGAACUUCAGCAUCAACCAUUUGCUUUGCUAUCACCUCACUCGCAGUUCUAAAUCUUCACCAUGUUCUCCUUCACCGGUGUUGCCAUCGCUUCAGCCUUUGUUGCGUCUAGCAUGUAUGCUGUGACCGCGUUGCCCUCCGGCUGCGAUCGUACUUACGUUGUCCAAGUCAACGACACUUGCGAUUCCAUCUGUGCUGCGAACAACGUCUCUAGUUACCAGCUUUCCGCGGUCAACAGCGGCGUCAUUGACCCUAACUGCUACGACAUCUAUCCCGCGGAGACCAUCUGCCUCGGCAUCACCGGUCAGGACUGCAACGUGACCUACACCAUGCAGUCAAGCGAUACUUGCGCAACUAUCGCUGCGGCUGCCAGCAUCUCGCUGAACACCUUCCUCACGAACAACCCGAACGUUAACCCGAUCUGCUCCAACAUUUACCCGGGCGAGACUUUCUGCACGAGCCCCACGAUCUACGUGAACCUGACGAGCUCCGAGUAAAGCACGGGACAUAUUGCAUUCUGGGAUGUGUCCAUUUCUUUCGGGUAACAAGUGACACUUUAGAAGUUCUGGGUUUGUUUUGGGAUGUUGGGGCAUAGUUUGCAGAUCUUACCGGGCUUUAGGCGGAGAAGUACUAGUUUGGGUUGAUUUUCCAUUCGUGUACAGAUAGUUAGUGUGGUUUGGGAUAAAAUAAUCGAAGUAAAGCUUGUGUUGAUCAAGAGUACCGACUUGUGCGCAUGAGCAAAUAAAC